AUGCGCAGCAACAGGGACAGGACAAGGGCAACCUUCAACGCUCCCUCCCACACGCUGUGCAGCGCAGCGCAGCGCAGUCCUGUCUUUGUGCCUGUUCACUUUUAUUUCAAACGGCAAUUGCAUUGUGCCAUUCCCAAUCCGCUUAUGCCAGACUCCCACGACAAUGCCCUAUCCUGGUCCAGGGCAAACAAUGCACUCCGCCAGCAGCCCCAACAGGAGCUCCUGUUGCUCCAACAACACUUGUCCGUGGCUGUACUGCCGCCGGCCCACAUAUCAGCCGCACCUCCGUCUCCCGGAUUGCUCUACUCACUUAAUGCCAGCACUCGACGCUAACCCGUGCUUACUUAUAAAAACC